AUGAACGAUUACAUUUGUUAUAAAAAGAGGAAAGGGGAUUUCAAAGAUUUUGAAAUCAAUAAUAUAGAAGAAUUCACCCAUACAUCAAAGAAAAUCGAUUUAAAAAUACCUAUCAAAGUUACUGAUGAAGUAAGUUUCUUAAAGUGGUUCAAUUUCUUGAAAACUUCAAUACCUUUAACUAAAUAUAAGGAUUUACUUAAUUUGAAUUAUGUUAAUGAAAAGGAUAAUUCGUAUUGUAAGAAAUUAUUGAGAUUCAACAUUUCUUGUUUCAAAUAUCAAACUUCAAAUAAUGAAUUGAAUCAAAUCUUAUCUAAUUCAAUUGAUGAUAUAAUAUUACAAGAAUCAGGUUUUAGCAUGAAAGAAUUAGCAUAUUGUAAUUUUGAAAAAGUGAAGAUAUUUUUCCAAUCAAAGAUAAAUGUAUUUUACUUGAUGAGUUUAGAGAAUAAUUUAAAUUUCAAUAAUACUAAUAAAUUACAAUUCUUAAACGAUUUAGAUCAUUUAACUAAUGUUUAUCAAUUAGUAUUAAAUGAAACACCAUCCAAGGAUUUGAAAAUAAAUUGGAUUGUCAAUUCCAUCAAUAAAGAUCAAAUAUUCAAAAAUAAUGAAAUCCUAAUUGAUAUUCAAGAUAAUUGGGAAUCUAUUUGUAAAGAUCCUUUGAAUUUGAGGAAGGUAUUAUUAAAGUAUUAA